AUGGACGCUGCCAAGCAGAAGCGUCCGAAGCCGAGACUCGAUCGCCGGAACGCGCUCAAGAACAUUGACUACGACGCCGAUCAGCACUCCCCUACUCCCCGAACUCGCUCCCUCGACCUCUCUCCUCUCUCCCACAACCAAACCAGCUUCCGCGUCAGAGGCAUUGAAGGCGAAUUCGACCUCAUCUGCCGCAGUCUCGGCCUCUCCGGCCCCGAAGACUUGGCCAUCCCUCUCGCCGCCUGGGAGGCCCAGCGCCCCCGCUCCUCCUCCGACUUCACCUCCCGCUCUCGCCUCCACAACACCCAAAACGACGCCGUAUCGAACCCUAGGGUUGCGACCGAACCUGGGGCUGCCAUGAAAACCGGCGGCGGAGGAGGAGGAGGAGGAGGAAUUAGAGGUCUGCGGCCCCCGCCUGUUGUCUUGAAGUCUUUCCCUCCUCCUCCUCCGCCGCAAGACCGCAUAAACUCUCCUGUUUCCGCCGGUGACGUCACCUCUUCGGAUGAGGAGGAGCCUGUGACGUCAGCGAAUGGUGGUGGUGGUAGGAGUGAAGUGAGGUUAGGAAAAGGCAAUGACUUGGCUGAGUCGGUGUCUUGCGGCUUGUCUCCGUCGAACAAUGACAGUGAUGAUUAUGGCGUUGGCAUUGCUGUGAGGGUGGAGCCAAUCCAUAGUAUCUUUUCACCGAAUGGGAAGUUCCGGCGGAGUGUUUCGUCUUCGUGGCAAAGGGGUCACCUUUUGGGGAGUGGUUCCUAUGGAACUGUCUAUGAAGGCUUUACUGAUGAUGGAUUCUUUUUUGCUGUAAAGGAGGUUUCAUUACUUGAUCAAGGAGCCCAGGGAAAGCAGAGUCUUCUACAACUUGAGCAGGAGAUUCAUCUUUUAAGUCAGUUCGAACAUGACAACAUUGUUCAAUAUCUUGGCACAGACAAGGACGAGACUAAGCUCUAUAUCUUCCUUGAGCUUGUAACAAAAGGAUCACUUGCAAGUCUCUAUUCAAAGUAUGUAUUGAGGGAUUCCCAAGUCUCUGUGUUCACAAGGCAGAUUUUGAGUGGCUUGAUAUAUCUCCAUGAUCGUAAUGUUCUCCACAGGGAUAUCAAAUGUGCUAACAUAUUGGUGGAUGCAAGUGGAUCUGUCAAACUUGCAGAUUUUGGUUUAGCUAAGGCAACCAAAUUAAACGAUGUGAAGUCUUGCAAAGGGAGUGCUUAUUGGAUGGCGCCAGAGGUUGUUAAUCGAAGGAAUCGUGGAUAUGGGCUUGCAGCUGACAUAUGGAGUCUUGGAUGUGCCGUGUUGGAGAUGUUAACCCGUCAGCCUCCAUACUCUCACUUGGAAGGGAUGCAAGCAUUAUUUCAGAUCGGAAGUGGUCAACCUCCUGUAGUUCCUGAUUUCUUAUCAAGAGAUGCAAGAGAUUUCAUAUUGAAGUGUUUACAAGUUAACCCAAACAACCGGCCUACUGCAGCCCAACUCUUGAAUCAUUCAUUCUUGAAAAGGCCUCAAACUUCCUCUUUCCCUGCAUCUCCCCAUUCCAACAGUUUGCGUUCCUGAGAGCUCUCAACCUUUGGUGCUUAUUAGGUAUUAGAUAUACAGAUCCUCCAUGUUCUAACUUUCAUGUAUGCUGGUGGUGGCCUUAGUCUACAUCAAGCCAUAUUAGAACAUAGCCAGCCACAAAGGUGGUUCUGGAAAGGAGAAUUUUCACGAAGUUGUGAAAUGACACUUGGAGUGGACAUCGAAGUGCUGUUGAUCCUGCUGUGGUGGAAAGUGGUGGAAAGUUGUAUUGAUAAAUUGGACCAGACAUGCACUCAAUCUAAGAAAAGGAGAUGCAGUUUAAAAGGAAUUAUGAACCUCAAGUUUUAAAUGCUUCUGGAUCAUACGCCCACAUUUGUCACUAAUCUUGAUUCAGUGAUUUGUCAAUGUGAUUAAUAAUGGAUGCAUGCAUGCUGCGCAGACUGCUCCAGGCUUAUCACGGGGUCUUUGUGAACCUUUGAAAAGUCCAAGUCAUGCCACCAAAUCGAAGGCACCAUUUGGAAUUGAAGUGAAAUUUUGUAUAUAUUGAGUUCAUGUAGAUGAUCGACUUCAUGAUCAAUUGGUCAUGAUUUGUAUGUAGUUUCUGUAAUGUAAUGAACACAGAUUUCCGAUGAAAAAUAUAUUCAGUGCCGUUUGGCACAAGUACA